UUCCCUCUAAGCGUCCUGGUAUGGCGGAACGAGAGGAAGAGAUUUGCAACCCUUGAGUGAAGGCCGAAGAUGGAGAAAGGUGCCCAGGCUUCAGACUGCGACAGUGAUGAAACCGUGAUUGAGGGGUCCGUGACAGAGAACGAAUUGGAAGAUGAGGAGCUGCUUUGGAGAAGGUUGCUCUUGAAUCAAGAUACAACUUCUAGAUCUGAGUUGUAUCUUCAUCCUGGUGUAAAUGGAAUGUGGAAAGGCAUGCCUUCUCCUGAGAUUCAGCUUGGGCUCAAACCCAGAAAGGACUCCCAAGAGCAAAAGAAUAAAGAUAAGGCCUUGCCAGCCCUUAGUGAGGACCCAGUAGUACAGGUUCCUCAGGAUGAAACAAUACAAAAUCAAGUUCUGUUACAAACUAGAAAACAGUUCCCAGCAUUCACUGUGUCAUUUCCUCACCCUGAAGUUUCAUGGAGCCACCAAAACACUGAAGGACCUGACGCUGAAAAUUGUGAAAAUUUGCCACAUCCAGAAAAGGAACUAAAUGAAACCACAGAUUCCCCUGAAAUUAGUCUUCUCUCAGGUACUUCUCUUGUGGAGUCUGAUUCAGUUGCACUAAAGGAGAAAUCGUUAACAGAGCCAGUGAAGACCUUAGCAGUACCAGAUACAUUUUCUGAGCCUGGAAAGGAAGUAACACUGACCAUGACAUCUAAAGAAACCAAAGAUGAAGAAAGCUCUCUUGAAACAUUUGUGUCUGUUUUAGAAGGGUUACUAGAAUCACCAGGAGGCACCCAAGAGGAAACACUGCUUGAAAUAAUGAAUGACUCCAAUCCUCAAGAGUUGUUGAACCCAUUGAGUUCUGUGUCGUUCCCUUUGAAUGCCUUGUCAGCGUUCCAUAGAGAUGUGGUAGAAAACAUGGAGGAGGAUGCUGCAGCAUGUUACAUAGAUGUACUAGAAAACAUGAAGGAUGAUGCUGCAUUGCCAGCUGAAUUGCUGGCAACCAUCAACGCAUUACCGGGUGACGAGGUAGGACCCAUCUGUCAAGAACAAGAGAAAAGCAGCGCUGUUAGCGGUGGAAAUGGAUGUUUACAAGUGCAGCCUAUGGUGUCUCAAAUAGAUGAAGAUUGCACACAAAUAGAGCAGACAAUAGAAGAUGUAAAACCAUUUAGCUUGCCAACAUUGACUCAUGAAAAUGCCACCUCUUAUAAGCAACUAAACAAUAAGGGAAAUUCAGACCCCCUGAAAAGUACCUCUGUCCAGGAAACACCGUAUGCACUAAGAAAAUCAUCUAGACUGGAAAAACUGAAAGCAAGCAGAGAUGUGAUGCAUACAGAUGUUGUGUUGAAGAUACCAGAAAGGAUUUUAUUAAAAACACUUAGCUGCGAGCAUCGAAUAGAUAGCAAUUUUUCAACUGAUAAUUUCAGAAUGCAGGAUUCUGCUUUAAUGAUUGACAGUAAAAGGAAGGAUAUGCAUUCAUCUAGAUCCAAGAGUAAACAGAGAAGGAAAAAGGAACAUCGUAAAAUUAAAAAUGGUUGGACAGCCCUCCAUGAAGCCAGUGUAGGAGGAAACUAUGAGACAGUAAGUGAAUUAUUAAAGGGUGGAGCCUAUGUGAAUGUCAAAGGAAAGUGCCAGAUUACUCCCCUACAUGAUGCUGUGAUGAAUGGACAUUAUAAGGUGGCAGAAUUACUUCUUCUGAAUGGAGCUGAUCCUUUAUGUAGAAGUGACCAUGGAACAUGUGCUUUGGAUGAAGCCAGAGAUUCAUUUAUGGAGAAUCUCCUUAUGAAAUACAUCCCUGAACAUAAAAAAUGCCAGCUAUCAGCUCAAAGGAAGAGCACUGACCCAACAUAUGUAGAAGAUAUAUUCCAGUUCAAGAAACCAAAACUAAGUUCUAAUAAUUAUACUGAAUUUAAUUGUGGUGAAAAAUUUAAUAGACAGGAACCAGGACAUGUAGAAAUCAAUAAGAGAAGCAACAAUUUACUUAUAAAUAAGGAGUAUGUACAUGAAUAUUGCCAGAAAAAUUCCCAAACCACAAAAUUUGGCAAGUCCAAACCUAAGAAAUCAACUAUUAAGCAAACAAACUCUACAGGACUCAGAGGGAAUAAUCUCCACAAUAGGAAAAAUAGCAGAACUAAGAAUAAAGGACGAAGAAAUAGACAACCUGAAAGGACGCAAGAAGACGAUAAAGACUGCAGUUUAAGUCAGGGAAUAGCUCUUUCUUCUCUCGGGGGAAUGAACACAUUAGUCCCUCAGUACCAGCAUACUGUCCAGACUCUUGAUGCCCUUCCAGAAGAAUCGCGUAAACUUUCUACCCCAACCCUACCAAGCUUGGAGAAUGGGAUAGAUAGCAAUGAGGCUGCUUUGCCUUUCACAAAGUCCAACACCCACAUCCUGGGUUUACCAGGUCCUCAAGAGGUGCAGUUCCUGGAAUUAGAGUCCAUUGAUGAAGCUAAAGCUGCUUCCUUCUCUGAGCUUUCAUCAUAUAAAGAGAUAAAAUGGCCACAUGUAACUGCAGAUCCACAGGCUCACACUAACCAAGAGCCGUGCAACAGCCCAGCUGAGUCCCCUGAAGACAACCAUUCAGAUGAAAAGGGCAAGAGCAGUAACAAAUGGGAGAACUCUUUCCUCUCCUUCAUAAAGGGAUUCUGUGCUGACAGUGAUAGUGACUGCCACACCUCUGACAACGAGGGCAUCGGCCACUGUCAUAAGGAAGAAAGCAUGACAAAUAGAGAAGUGGAUUCUCAACAGUUUCUACCUUCUGAAAAGUGUUCUUCACAAGAAGAUGAGCCAAAAGUAGGCAGCCUAACUACAUACCCACAAGAGGAAGCUGUUAACUCUUGUGAUUUAAACAAUACCUUAAUUUCUGAAGAGAAUAUUCUAAUUUAUGAGAAGUGUGUAUAUGGAAUUGCUUUUGACCACUCAUAUUUUCGUACUAAGCAAAGUUCUGUGCCUCAUAUAAGACUGCCUUCAGCACAGACAGUUUCCCGGCUGACUGUUGGAGUGGAGCAGCUUCACGCAUCCCAGGCUAGUGCCCACAGAGUCCCAACUCCUUCAGUAAAUGAAGCUGAUGACACACAUGAUGUGGAGAAGCAAGACCCAGAGAGGGAGCGUACUGCGGAAGGCCAAAACCCGGCUUCUUCAACUAGCCCUGUACCCACAAGUGCUCCUCCUCAGGUACCAGGAACAGCUAAAACUGGAAAAAGAAGGCAAGACCUUCCAGGGAUACGGAAUCAUUCAGAUUUACACUCCGCUGACAAUGUGAAAAAAGAAUUGGCUAAUUCCUCACAACUUAAUCAAGGAAAGGAGAAGGAAAUUGCUUACAAAUCAGAUGAGGAGGUAACUAUUAAUCCCAGUAGAGCUGAAAGAACUGUAAAAUAUUGUAAGGAGAAAAAGGAAAACAUGAACUCUGAAACUCACAUGCCUUGUGAUACACAAGAACACAGAAAAGACCAGAAUUUCAGAAAAAGAAAAAGUUCCUUGAAAGCUCCCUGCAGCCAAGAAGCGAACACAGCUGGAGUCAGUAAGAGAGACCCCAAAGGAGAGAGCCGGCUCCACUUGGCUUCCAGAAGAGGAAAUCUUUCUCUGGUGAAAGUUCUAAUAGAAUCUGGAGCCAAUGUGAAUCUGAAAGAUAAUGCAGGCUGGACACCCCUUCAUGAGGCAGCUAGUGAGGGGUUGAGUGAUGUAAUUAUAGAGUUAUUAAAAGCUGGUGCAGAUGUCAACUGUGAAAAUAUAGAUGGAAUUUUGCCUUUACAUGGUGCUGUUGCGGGGAAUCAUUUAAAGGCAGCUGAGAUACUCCUAGAACAUGGAGCAAACCCUAAUCAGAAAGAUGAGAAACAGAGGACUGCUUUGGAGGAAGCAGAUGAUGAUAAAAUGAAAGAACUACUAAAAUCUUACGGUGCUACUGAGAGCAAUGAUGGAGAUGAGAGUAACUCUGCAGCUACUGUAAAAAUUCCUGCUGUCCGGCCAAAAAGAUAUAAGCAGUGUAUUGGUGAUGAUGACAAAACGAUUGGUUCUCCUUCCCCCUUACAUAAAGCAAAGAGAAGUGAAAGCCUUCCUGCGCAUCAGACUAUCAGUGCCAUUCUACAAGAUAUAGAAGAAAAACAAGAAAAUUUAUUAAAGUUUGAAAUAAGAAACUCUGAAGAUGCAGAACAAUACAUUGAAAAGAUGUCAGAGAUAAAAGAAGUUAUGAACAAUAUACUUGCUCAACAGAAAACAGAAAGGGACGAUCUAGCUAAAAAAUACAGGGUAUCAAUGGAAUCAUUUAAGCAUGGGGCCCUGAGAGAACAACUAGCUAACUUGGCCGCAAGACAAAAGAGUCUUUUAGUUGUAGCAAAGAAACACAAAAAGAUAAGACUGAAAAUUCAAAACUAUAAGAAUGCCACAGCUUUACCUGCUGUUAAUGUAAGGAAGCUGCCAUGUAGCUCCGACAUCUCCAGUGAGAAGAGCCAUGAGCCUCCUGGUGUGGAGAGCUCCGCACAUUCCCGGCCAGGCUCACCUUCUCCUGUCAGUCUUGCUCAUAGAAGCAUACAAGAAAUACCACCGUCUCCAGAAAUACCGAGUGACAGCCAAAAUACUAACAUUUGUUUAAAUGCAGAGGCAGUGAGAAGAGAAGUCUCUGGGAAUGUGAUGAAUUCUAAACAAAAUGUCCAGGAUUGUGCCUUGGAUGGGUUCUGGAAACCCAGACCCUCAGAUGGCACUGAGAAAAUUACAUCAUCAUCCCAAUCUGUUGCUCUUACUCCUCAAGAAGAAAAUUCACAAGCAGAUAACAUUUUUACAGGAACUGUGGUCAAAGGCAAUGGAUUUGAGAGUUCUCCUGUAGUAACUGGCACUGCAAAUAUUUCAGAAGAUAAAAGUAUAUUUUCCCAAAUUGAUGCCUGUCCACCAGCUGUUCCUCAGAAUCAGGGCCUUUCCCGUUGUAACCCAAAGAGAAGAAACAGAAAAACAGCAUCCCAGCAACCAGCUCUGGUUCAUCAGGGGACUGCUGCCUUAGAUGCUGGUCCUGUGCCUCCCACAAGGCUGAGUUUUAGAAAGACAGCUUCUGUGGCUUCACCUGCAGAUGGCCUUCACAUCGCUCCUUCCUCUCUGUCUGCCCAUCAGCAACCUGCUGAACAGGCUUCACAGCACAGCACAACUGCCAGCAAGAAGACUGUGCAGCUCAAAGACUUGAUACUACUUGGAAGAAUUAAUCCUGGAAAUGACAUUCUGGAAUUCAAAACACAGGAGACUACCCACAGAGCCAGUGUUUUAUUGAGUGGUAAACUUAAGGUAGAAAAUGGUCAGAUUUACAAGAACCCAGUGUCCUGGCUCAAGGAUCUCCUGGGAGGUGGCAGCUAUGUGACCUGGAAUUAUGCUUGGAGCAAGGUAACAUACCUUGGGAAGGAACUUUUGAAGUAUGUUUCUGAAGAAGCCCCUGUUUAUGCAGAACCACAAAACGCACCUCAGCAGCAUCAGCCUUGCCUCCCAGGCACCUCUGGAAAGCCACUGCAAAGCUUCCCUCAUUAUCUACAGAUAAAAGAAAUACUUCUAAUCAACGAUCGAGAGCUCCUGCCGUGCCAUGUAAUGGAGCAGCAUUGGAAGUUCUAUGUGGAAUGUAAGACGCUAACAUUCUGAAGCCUUGUUUUCUUGGUAGCUUAUUUAGUACUUUUUCUUACAAUCAGCAUCUCCAUCUUGUAUGGUGGGCUGUCUUUACCUGC